GCCGCCGCCCUCCCAGCCGCCCGCCCGCCCGCCCGCGCCUCCGACGCGGGGGCCGCCGCCGUCUCUGCGUCCGCCAUGCGUCCCGGGACGCCGGGGCCACUGUGGCCACUGCCCUGGGGGGCCCUGGCUUGGGCCGUGGGCUUCGUGGGCUCCGUGGGCUCGGGGGACCCCGCGCCCGGUGGCGUCUGCUGGCUCCAGCAGGGCCGAGAGGCCACCUGCAGUCUGGUGCUGCAGACUGACGUGAGCCAAGCCGAGUGUUGUGCCACCAGCAACAUUGACACCGCCUGGUCCAACUUCACUCACCCGGGGAACAAGAUCAGCCUUCUGGGCUUCUUGGGCCUCGUCCACUGCCUCCCCUGCAAAGAUUCGUGCGAGGGCGUGGAGUGCGGCCCCGGCAAGACGUGCCGCAUGCAGGGGGGCCGCCCGCGCUGCGAGUGCGCGCCCGACUGCGCUGGACUCCCGGCGCGCCUGCAGGUCUGCGGCUCCGACGGCGCCACCUACCGCGACGAGUGCGAGCUGCGCGCCGCGCGCUGCCGCGGCCACCCGGACCUGCGCGUCAUGUACCCAGGACGCUGCCGCAAGUCGUGCGCGCACGUGAUGUGCCCGCGGCCGCAGUCGUGCGUGGUGGACCAGACCGGCAGCGCUCACUGCGUGGUGUGUCGCGCGGCGCCCUGUCCCGCGCCCUCCAGCCCCGGCCAGGAGCUCUGCGGCAACAACAACGUCACCUACAUGUCCUCGUGUCACCUCCGCCAGGCCACCUGCUUCCUGGGCCGCUCCAUCGGCGUGCGCCACCCGGGCAGCUGUGCAGGCACCCCCGAGCCGUCAGAUGCGGAGUCGGAGUCGGAGGAGGAGAACUUCGUGUGAGCCCGUGGGGCCGGCUUGGGCCUGGCGUUCAAGGCCUCCCUGUCUUAUUUAUUGCCACAGCCGAGUCUAAUUUAUGUCCCAUGGACACUCCCCAGAGCCUGGGCCGGGACCGCUUAGGAGGAGCCCUGGAGCCCCCUGACAAUACCUUGGAAGGAUUGGGGGAAGGGGGCCUGGGAGUGGGGCUGGUAGGUGGGGCUCCCACUCCAGGCGGGAGGACCCCAUGCUUCUGCUCUAGGGGUUAGCUUAAAUUAUGGUCACCACGGAGAGGGCUGGGGAUUGCCUGCCAGCAAUUAGUGAAGAGGCACCCCCUCCUUCUAGACCGCAGACUGGGAGUAACGAAGGGGUCCGCAGCUCGGAUGUGUAUAAAUGAGCCGCAGAACAUGCCCAGGCCCCACGUAGGCCAAGGAAGCAGCCACUGUCCACAAGCAGCUCAAGGACUCCAGGCCCUACCUUCUCGGUGCCUCCAUUUCCAUUUCCCCAGGACGUCCUGUGGUGGCUCCUGAGAAGAGCCCAGUGUGUCUCCUGGCGGGGGAGAGGCCAGAAGAGAGCACUGUGUGUCGUGGUGCCCAGUGCAUUUUGGGCGGGACCCAGUGGGGCCCACAAAGAGCCCCUGCUCACCCACCGUGGGGUUUGUGUGCCAAGGCCCACCGCACACCCUGCCUCCUAGAGCUGUAGGUCUCAGCGGCACCCCUCGUCCGUGCUGCUCCAUCCGAAAGGGAAGUCCAGACCAGGACCCCUCGGUCCCAUGAGACUUGCCUUGGCCAAGCCUCUAAGCCCAGUUUCCAGGUGCACCCGCCUCAACCACCAGCCGGCCGGGAGUUUUGACACCUGCCAGAUGCUGGCUCUGGGCAGGGUCGCUGCCUUCUGUUUGCUCAGUGUCCCCUCCCCGCGGCUGCAUGUGGCAGGGGCUCAGACCGGACGGGGGGGGGCCCAACAGGCAAGAGCCCACCUCCCCGAGUUUGCAGCGAGCCGUGCGGGGGCCAGUUGUUCCCACCCUCUCCUGGCCCCUCAGAAGUGCCUUACCUGUGACACCCAGAAAAGUGCCCUUGAGGCCACCUCCGCACCCUGGGGUCCUGCCUCACCAAAGAAAUAAAGACUAUAAAAAGCC